UCACACACAUGUGCUCAUAAACAGACCCGUACAGGCGAGAAACAGCCUCAGUCCUGCAAUGAAAAGCCAGUGGAUAAAAGAGAAAUUGCAGAAGAAUUAAAGAAGAAGAGUAAAAGCUGGUUUUGAUGAUCACACCACAUUGCUAAACAGCUUUUGGGGAUAUGACGACAGUGAUUACUGGCACAGACGAUUCUGAAAUUCUGCAAUAAAAUCACACUGUUAGUUAGCGAUUUCAACAAUUAGGGUCUGAUUCUAAAGUGAUCAGUGGAUUUUCCAGAGACUGGAGCACAAAUUCCUGAAAAUACAUUUCUUUCAUCUUUAUCGAAAUGAAUUCAAACUCGGUUGCAAUGACAGAUCUCAGCGAGAUGAAGCAUAAACUGGAGACAGUGUGCAUCUUUGGAACAGGUGAUUUUGGACGCUCGCUGGGGCUCCGUUUGCUCCAGUCGGGAUACGGUGUUGUAUAUGGAUCCCGAGGCCUUAAAAACUCUCUGUUGCUGCCUAAGGGGUCAAAGAUCAUGAGUCACGCAGAAGCAGCUUGUGAAGCUCAUGUGAUUUUUGUGGCUGUGCAGAGGGAGCACUAUGGAUUUUUGAGCUCCCUGGCUUCAGACCUUGGGGGAAAGGUGCUGGUAGACGUCAGCAAUAAUCUCAAGAGGGGUCUGUACCCAGAGUCCAAUGCAGAAUACCUGAGCAAGCUGGUUCCAGGGGCGACGGUAGUCAAAGCCUUCAACACCAUCUCUGCCUGGGCAUUGCAGUCUGGAGGACUAGAUGCCAACAGACAGGUACUUAUCUGUGGAGACAGCGCUGAUGCUAAACAGCAAGUGACGAACAUUGCUCAAAGUCUCAGUUUCACGGCCCUGGACAGAGGCUCCCUCCGAGCGGCUGCUGAGUUGGAAGAUCUGCCCUUGCAACUCUUCCCUCUCUGGAGGCUUCCUCUCAACAUCGCGAUUUGUUUAACAGCUUUCAUAUUCUUCUACGUGCUCACAAGAAUUGUUAUCUAUGAGCGUGUUACCAAUGGUAAAGACAUUGCUUUUCGCAUUAUGAUCUCGCUGGCCAACAAGGCUUUUCCCAUCGUCUCUCUCGUGAUGCUGUCCCUCUGUUACCUGCCGGGAGCAUUGGCUGGAUUCCUUCAGCUUUAUAACGGCACUAAGUACCGUCGCUUCCCUGACUGGCUGGAUCGCUGGAUGCUGUGCAGGAAGCAGCUGGGUCUAGUAGCGCUGGCCUUCGGUUUUCUACAUGUUCUGUACACUUUAGUUAUACCCAUCAGAUACUAUGUACGCUACAGGAUAAACGUCUACACUAUUUCACUGGUCAAAGAUAACAAAACCUAUGAGUUUGACAACACGGCAGCCUGGCGUUUUGACUCGUACUAUUCCAUGGGAAUUCUUGGAUUUGGGCUGUUUGUCCUGCUAGGAAUUACAUCCCUUCCAUCUGUGAGCAACUCUCUAAACUGGAGGGAGUUUCGUUUUGUACAGUCCAAACUGGGCUACCUCACCCUGCUGCUCUGUACCGCUCACACAUUUCUAUAUGGCUGGAAUAGAUUUCUGAACCCUGAAUCAUAUAGGUGGUGGAUGCCGCCAGCAUACAUGUUGUCUCUGGUGGUCCCCUGCGUGGUUCUGAUUCUAAAGCUAAUCCUGAUCACUCCAUGUGUGGACCGGAAGGUCACCCGUAUCCGUCAAGGCUGGGAGAGACAGGGCAAGACUUCAGCAAACGGCGGAGACACAAAGAUAAACCAACGACUCAUGGCAUAGCCAUCUUUGCAAUAAAAAAGGCUUGGGACUUGACUUCGACUCAAAAUUAGAGAAUAUGUUUAGGUCUACAAGAAAGGAGAAAUAUUUCCUGAGAAUACUAGCAUUGUUUAAAUAACAGGAAGUCCAUUAGGUUGAUUUUAAAGUAAAUGAUCCCCUCCUUCCAAACUUAAAAUAAAUACGAUAUUCAUUUCAAAAGAUAAUUACAUAACAGUUAGGCUUGGUUCUCGAUUUUGAUUGACCAAGCAGAUUUUGUUUCCACAAGCGCUGAUUCAACAGCAUAGAACAGUUUAAUCACUUUUUGCCAUGUUUAGCCCUAUACAGACGGGAAUAGUUUUCUAAACUAGAUUUGAGAUUCAAUUCUUAUCACCCAACGUCUGCGAUUUUCAUGUACCAAUUUAGACGGGACUACCAUCUCCGUGUUUAUUUCAGAGGUGAGUGUGUUUUCUAGAUGUGAUGUGGUUUCGUGCAUCACAUACGCCCUGCAUAUGUCUAAUGAAAUAUGUAUUAAUGUAAUUUUAAUUUAAACAUUGCUUUACAGAAAUGGCUGCUUAUAAUAAGCCCACACAACUGAGCAAAGAAAUCUAGACAAGUAUUAUACCCGACACUGUUGGCCAGUAUUAGCAGUUUCUGCGAUUUGGUUCUCCUUUUUGAUUUUAUUAUUUUAUUUUUUCGUACGAUACAUAGUGAAAGGUGCAACAUGUGCAAGACUGGUGCGCAUAUAGUAGCUCAGGUACACUGUAAAAAACAAAAAACACAAUUUGUUAAGUCAGCUUAAAAUAAUUUGUUACCCUGCUGCCUUAAAAUUUUAAGUUCAGUCAACUAAAAUAAGUUUAGUCAACUUGAAAUGUUAAGUUGUACUAAGUGACAACUUAGAUAUUUGUGCUUGUUAAUCUUAAAAGCAAGGUAAGUAACCCAGCUGCCUUAAAUUGUUAAGUUGAAUCAACUCAAGUAUCUAAGUUGUCACUUUUUUGAGUUGACUGAACUUAAAAUUUUAAGGCUGCCAGGUAACAAAUUAUUUUAAGUUGACUCAACAAAUUGUUUUUUACAGUGUAAGCCAAAAAAUGAGGAGAAGCAUUGGGAUAAUACAACAUCAGCAAUCACAGACGUUUGCAUUCGAACAGGAUUAGAUUUGCCGGAAAACAGUGGGUAAUUACCUCUGUAAAUUUUAUGGAAGUUGUGUGAGAAAAACACAGACUCGGAUUAAAAUCGCAAAGUACGUCUGUGAAACACAAAUUUCCAUAGAAAACUAGGGUUUUUGUCUGUACUUGCGUGCUCCACACAUCCCAUAUUUUCAGUGCCUUUUUCUGCAGGUUAUGGUGUUACACCAGUACACUGUAAAAAACAAUUUGUUGAGUCAACUUAAAAUAAUUUGUAAUUUGGCUGCCUUAAAAUUUUAAGUUCAGUCAACUCAAAAAAAGUUUAUUCAACUUCAAAUGUUAAAUUAUACUAAGCGACAACUUUUAAGGUAGCUGGGUUACUUACCCAUCUGUUAAGUUCAGCAAACACAAAUAUCUAAGUUGUUACUUAGUGCAAUUUAACAUUUCAAGUUGACUAAACUUAUUUUAGUUGACUGAACUUAAAAUUUUAAGGCAGCAGGGUAACAAAUUAUUUUAAGCUGACUCAACAAAUUGUUUUUUAUUUUUUACAGUGUAGGAGGCAACAUAGCUGUUAAGUUAUUUGCGUUAAAUCAAUAAAUCGUUAAACACUACUUCAUUUAGGAACAAAAGUUAUUCACUAAGUUGAUUCAUUCAGUAACACUGAUUCAGAAAUGAAUCAACUACACCAAAACACACAAUUCUGCUUUUGUUUCAUUUGGAUUUUACCUCGUUGGCAAAGUCUUAGACUUCAGACUUGACUUGGAUUCAUGACAGAGACUUGAGAACACAUCUGCUCAAAUGUAUGGAAGCCCAGAUGACAACUAGAGAGAAUUUGACUUCUCAAAACAUCUCACUACACGGCAGUUUUUAAUAUUACAGUUAACCAACCGUGGGAAAUUCUUUGGAGCUGAUCCUCCAACUCACAUCUGUGAUUACAUCUCACAUGAUCUCAUGUUACUCUAUAAACUACAAAUUCCAUUUAAAAGCCUUUUACACUUAGGACUUACUUACAAAUGCAUAUAUAUAUAGAGAGAGACCAUAUAUUCAUAGUGCUUCACAACAUAACCAAUCCAUAUCAUUUGGGUUCAUGUUAGAUAUUGUCUGUCCCCUUUAAAGAAUACAAAGGAAGCAGUGGUGGGGCUUUUAUUAGAGCACUCUCUUCUGUAUUGUGUAAAGUACUUGUCUUUUUUAUUACCUGCUUCCUCUGGGCUAUUUCCUCUCAAGAGCCUCCCAGUGGGCUUUUCCCUUUAGAUAUUAUCGAUCCAAAACUGAGCAGCAACUUACUUCUUGAUCUGUUUCUGGGUCUGGGCUUUCCUGUCUGCAGGAAAGCUCAUCUUUCUCUCUCGUGAAGUAUAAAGGAGCUGUCAAUCACAUUGGCAUUCACCUUCACUGGUGGAUGGCCCUUUCUGUAUAGUGCUUUUAUGAAGAACUGCAGGCUGCUAAGCGUGUAGCUUAGACCAAAAUAGCAAAGCUCAUUUUGUGACAAAUAUGACUGGAAAUCUGUGGGCGCACCUUUCAAGAAACUAAUAACUUCACUUAUUCUGAGCACAACAGCACAACUCUGAGUGUGUUUACCAAUAAAUAUUGGAUAUUCACUGAUUUUGAUUUUAUUUUUGUAUUACGUAUAUGGAAUAAAAACGCAUAUUUGUGUGA